GGACCGGCCGCGAUGGGACCGGAGGCGGCGCGGGCGGUGGCGGCGGCGCAGACAAAGGCGCGGGAGGCGCGGAGGGCUCGGGCCGGGGAUCCAGGGAGCGAGCGGGGCGCCCGGCUGCGCGGAGUCAGCGCCGCGGGUCUGCACCCGACUCGUGCCCGGACACUCACCGGGCGCCGACCUGGCAGGAGGCCAAACCAGCAGCUUCUGCCACCCCUCUGGCUGCCCCUUAGAGCCCACCCAGCCCAGCUUGACCAAUGUCCACAGCCAGGGAGCAGCCCAUCUUCAGCACACGAGCACACGUGUUCCAAAUCGACCCAACCACCAAGCGGAACUGGAUCCCAGCGGGCAAGCAUGCGCUCACUGUCUCGUAUUUCUACGAUGCCACCCGCAAUGUCUACCGCAUCAUCAGCAUUGGGGGUGCCAAGGCCAUCAUCAAUAGCACUGUCACCCCCAACAUGACCUUUACCAAAACCUCCCAGAAGUUCGGGCAGUGGGCUGACAGUCGUGCCAACACCGUCUACGGCCUUGGCUUUGCCUCUGAGCAGCAUUUGACACAGUUUGCUGAGAAAUUCCAGGAAGUGAAGGAAGCAGCUAGACUGGCACGGGAGAAAUCUCAGGAUGGGGGAGAGCUCACCAGUCCUGCCCUGGGGCUUGCCUCCCACCAGGUGCCUCCGAGCCCCCUUGUCAGUGCCAACGGCCCCGGCGAGGAGAAACUGUUCCGCAGCCAGAGUGCAGACGCCCCGGGCCCCACAGAGAGAGAGCGGCUCAAGAAGAUGCUGUCGGAAGGCUCCGUGGGAGAGGUACAGUGGGAGGCUGAGUUCUUCGCGCUGCAGGACAGCAACAAUAAGCUGGCGGGCGCGCUGCGGGAGGCCAACGCCGCCGCAGCCCAGUGGAGGCAGCAGCUGGAGGCCCAGCGCGCAGAGGCUGAGCGGCUGCGGCAGCGGGUGGCCGAAUUGGAGGCCCAGGCAGCUGCAGAGGCCCCCCAGGGCAGCGAGAAGGAAGCACCCAGCCAGUCGUUGGAGCAGCUAGAGGUGCUAGUGCAGACCAAGGACCAGGAGAUUCAGACCUUGAGGAAUCAGACAAGUGGACCCCGAGAUGCUCCAGACACCACUGAGCGUGAGGAGACGCAACAGAAGGUGCAGGACCUGGAGACCCGCAACGCAGAGCUGGAACACCAGUUGCGGGUGACAGAGCGUAGCCUGGAGGAAGCACGGGCAGAGCGGGAACGGGCACGGGCUGAGGUGGGCAGAGCAGCACAGCUGCUGGACGUCAGGCUUUUUGAGCUGAGCGAGCUUCGUGAGGGGCUAGCUCGACUGGCUGAAUCUACACCCUGAUCCCAGCUGCCCAAGUCUGAGCAGGAGCCAGCACCCUCAGGGCUGCUUUUACACGAACGAUUCUGCCCACAGCAUAGGCUGGGCUAUAGAUGGCAUAGUUGGGCCCAUUUGCCCUGGCAGGGACUAAGGGUCUGGGGCAGGCCUGGCCAUUUACAGCUUGGAGGCUGUUUUUGAACUAUCCAUUGUGUAGAAUUUCUAGAUCUCUGGGAUGUGUGCUGGUGCCCAAAUUACAUUUCUAAGUAUG